AGUCUCUAUACAGCAUGGUAUUCCGUAUAUCCUCUUGAGCUUAUCACACUAGGUUUUUCUCUCGCUCUUUGGCUCAUUGCGUGUACGUCGACCAACAAUAUCAAAUGCAACUGUUAAUCAAAGAACAGAGAAUUAAAAAAAAGGGCAAUCAAAGUGAGAGAAAAAACGCCUCCUCAACAAACAAAACAUUUUUGUGACUUCCCCCGGAUCCGUGAUCGAAUCCGAAAGAGACCUGAUCUGUGAAUACGAUGGAGUAUCGUAUCAAUUUGGACCAAGUUUUAGAGGAUGUUGGUCCUUUUGGAGCCUUCCAGAAGACCUUUUACUUCUUACUUUGCCUUCCUUGUACCUUAACGGCCUUUGUGACUUUGGCCUCGGUUUUUACGGCCGCCAUCCCCCCUCACCGUUGUUUUAUUCCGUCUUGCGACACGCCCAACAGCACUUAUAAACAGGCUUUUGAUCCAGGGGACCCAUUCGCCACAUUUAGUAUACCUUCCGGCAAUCAAUCCGGUGGAUUCAACUCUUGUCAGAUGUACAAAGUGGCUCCAGGCACGAAAGAGGUGUGCCAGGCGGAUCAUUUUGACUUGGUUGAGACCGAGACGUGUUCCCGGUGGGUGUUUGAUCGAUCGGUCUACAAUUCAACCUUAGCCACCGAUUUUGAUCUGGUGUGCGAUGAGGCUUGGCAAGUGCCCUUGGGUCAAAGUGUGUACUUUGGAGGAGUCUUGGUGGGAGCUUUAACCUUUGGAAUUCUAGCCGACUACUUGGGUCGCAAACCCUGCCUCAUGUUUGCCAUCUUGCUCAGUGUGGUGUCCAGUAUAGCCUCGGGGUUGGCCCCCAACUACCCCGUCUAUUUGGCUAUGAAUUUCUUGGUGGCUUUUGGACAGUUGGGCCUCUUUCAAACGGCCUUCAUUCUCAGUGUAGAGAAUGUGGGCAAAGACUACCGGGUAUUUUGUAGCAUCAUUAUUGAGUAUUUCUUUGUGUUGGGUGAAAUCCUCCUGACUUUGGUGGCCUAUUUCGUCCGGGAUUGGCGAUAUGUGAUUCUUUAUGUGAUGGUUCCGGCAGUUGGAUUUGUGUUCUACUGGCCAAUAUUACCUGAAUCCGUACGAUGGCUUUUGACCCAGAGAAAGUAUGAUAAGGCCCAGAGAGAGGUGAAUCGUAUCUGUCGUUGGAACAAGACCCAAUUCAUCGGCUUGGAUGACUACAAGGAGCAAGUGGCUGAGAACUCCUUGCCCAACGAGGGCGUUCUAGAGCUUUUGAAGAGCAAAGUUCUGGUCUCUCGAUCCAUCAAUGUGUGCUAUUGUUGGUUCGUGGUGUCCAUGACGUUCUACGGUCUUAGUAUGAACGCGACCAGUUUGGCUGGUGAUCCGUUCCUCAAUUUCUUGUUGGUGUCUUUGGCGGAAAUCCCGGGCUAUACGCUCAGCUACUUAAGCAUGGAACGGUUAGGCCGUCGAAAGUCGAUCUCCAUCUCGUUACUGAUUGGAGGUGUGGCGUGCAUUAUCGGACCAUUUGUACCGACUGAUAUGGAGUGGCUGACCAUCGCUCUGUUCCUCCUGGGCAAGAUGGGCGUGACGUGUGCUUUCGGUACUGUAUACCUCUUCACCUCCGAACUAUAUCCCACCACUCUAAGAACGUUGGGAGUUGGUUUCAGUUCCAUGUUCGGACGGAUUGGGGCCAUCAUCUCCCCUGAAGUGGCCUCCUUGUCUCUAACGGCCUUCUGGUUGCCCAUGGUCAUAUUUGGCGGAAACGCUGUUUUCAGCGGUGUGAUUAUCAACUUCCUACCCGAAACUUUGGGAAAGGAGCUCCCGGACACGAUUGAGGAUUCCUUGACGCUAGGACAACGCGUGACUAGAGUGGGUGAAAAUACGCAUGUUGACGAAGCCCUCGAUGAUGACCACAGUGAUGGUGAUGAAGGUGACGACGACGAUCAAGCUCCCCUUCUAGUUUAAUGAAAUCAUGUUUCAGAUUGUUGGGAUUAUAUGCUAUUCAUUGA